AUGGCGUCCGCCUGCAUCUCUUCUUCAGCCGUUCGAGAUCUUACGCACAAGUUCUUGUCAGACACCGGAGCGUACGGCGUUUGCGUACACGCCCUCGUCGUCCUCCAUCUCAAGGAUGUUGAUCUGAAAAAACGCAGGAAAAGACGCCGGCGAUACGCGGCGCUCAAGAUCCUCGACGUCUUUGAGCGCGAGAUCCUGUCCAAGAUAUCGGCGGUGUCUCGGGGCAGCGCCCAUCCGGGCCGCGGCCGCACGCCGCGCCUGCUCGAGUCGACGAGUUCACCCCACGCGGGGCCGAACGGGGACCACGUCUGGCCUCGUGUUUGA